AUGGGACGAAGAACAGACAUUGAUAAUGAUGAUGAUGAACAACAGUCAACUUCAUCAACAACGUCGUCCUCAUCAACGCGAUUAGCACAUGAAUCUCAAACCAAUCCGAACACGAACUCCGACGAAGACAAAUUAGACAACGAUCUUUUAAUACACGAUACUGUUCUACCUCAUCGCAAGCGUAUUCGUCGCGAUACUCUACUAUCAAUUCAACAACCACAACAUCCGCAGCAGCAACAACUCUACGUUCAACAUCAACACUCAGAACCCUUGACAAGAUGUUAUAAACUUGAUGAUGAAGAUGCUCAUAAUUGUAACAAUGAUGAGGCUCAUGCACUCAAUAGCACGACAAUAUCUCAUUCGAACCAGAUCACCGCAGCCGCUAAUGGUCUUCUAAGUCUUUCAAAUUCUUUAUUAGUAUCGAAUGAUAAACUUAAUGAAUGUCAUUUAAAUAUUCCAAUUGGUGAUGGAACAACAAUAUCUACUACGAAUGGUGAUCUAACAUCAUUGUGUUGUGUAUGUCAAGAUCGAGCAUCAGGUAGACACUACGGUGUUCUCUCCUGUGAAGGUUGUAAAGGUUUCUUUAAACGAAGUAUACGUAAGCAGGUUUUGUAUACAUGUUUGAGUAUAAAAGAUUGUCCGAUUAAUAAAUUCAUGCGAAAUCGAUGUCAAUAUUGUCGAUUACAGAAAUGUCUGCAAGUCGGUAUGCGCGUUGAAGCUGUUCAAAAUGAACGACGACCCUACACGACCAAACACGAUCUGCUCGCUAGUGUAAAUCAUGAUCAGCACUUACGAAAAUCCAAUGAAACGAUAAUGCUAAAUUCGGCGUCAAAUGAUAUUCAUACGUAUUUAAAUAACAAUCGAAAUGAUACAAUAAGAAUUAUUAAUGAAAACAAAACUUUACAUAGUAUUUUAUCGUCGUCGGCAACAUCGAGAGUUGAAACACCUACUACACCGGUUUUUCUUUCACCACCAUCCUCAUCAUCUUCAUCUUCAUUGAGCACAACCACCACUAGUCUUCAUAUUGACUGCAACAUAAAAACUGAAACAACAAACAAUCAAAAUGCCGCGGCAAUUUCACGCGCAUUUGAUAAUUUGGCAAAAGCCGCUUUACAAUCGCGAUCAAACACGAACAAUGAAGCAUUAUCACUGAUACAACAGCAAUAUCUUCUGAACGAAAAACACUAUUGGCGACAAGUCGACCGGCCACUAAUUACAGCGGAGUCGAGCACAUUCACAAUCACGCCGCCAAGCCCACCAUCGAACCGUGAUACUCAACCCUCGAACAGUUUCAUUUGUGAAUCAGCAUCACGUAUUCUAUUUCAAUCGAUUGAUUGGAUUAAAAGUAACCCUUGCUUUCAAACAUUGGAUACAAACAUUCAAAUCACUCUCAUCCAGAAUAAUUGGUUGGCGAUGUUCAUUCUUAGUCUUGUUCAAUGUUCAUCGAUUGUUAAUCUAACAAAUAUCUUGUCAACAUUACUAACAAAAAAAGCUGAUAACUUCGAUUCGAAUAAGUACCAUCAAUUACGACGUAUUCAAUCUCUUCUAUACGAAUUCGACCGAUUACAAGUCACAGCAACCGAAUAUGCUUACUUGAAACUAAUUUCAAUAUUCAAUCCAAACAACAGCGUCGAAUGUAUGCGAGUUUAUGAUCAAAUUGAUGCCUAUCGCAUCUUGUCGUACAAAGAACUACAGGAUUAUUUAAAUGAUCGUCUGGUUUCAACAUCGUUUGAUGAAUGUCGUAUAGGUCGAAUCUUACUCAAGUUAUCAUCCUUACCUGAAUUCGAUACAAAUAUCAUCGAGGAGAUAUUCUUUGUUGGUUUGAUUGGUUCAGUGCAAAUUCAUAAAAUCAUUCCAUGUAUUCUGAAAAUGAAUGUUGUUUCGACAUCAUCACCAACGAUCAAGUGUGAGAAAACUGACCAACAAUCACUCGUAUCAUCAUCGCUGUAG